AUGGCUGCGCUGGGGUUUAGUCCAAGAGAGUGGUCACUGCAGUCUCUCAGGAAGAUAAAAAAUCCGGGGCAGAGGUGAGGUGGAAAAGCCCACCAUCCAUCUCUACACCCUUGCAGAGAUUCAGUCUGAGGUCCAGGCACCCUACAGCAUCCCCUCUGCAGUCCUCAGAGCCCCCACCCCGACCUCUGCCAUCCCUCUGGGAGGCUCUGAGGCAAAGGGAGGGCCUGUGGGGUGGGGUGGGGUGGAGACACCUGCCGGAGGGCCACGCGUGGGGCACAGGAGCGCUGCUGCAGCCUGUGCCGAGGAGGCUGAGGAACAGAAGAUCCAGGGCCCCCCGGCCCUUGCCAUCACUGCUUGUCACACGAGGCAGUCAUGAACACCGAGUCCCUGCUCCCCUACCACACGGCCCAGAGCGGCUCGGGAGUGGGCAUGUUCAACACCACCAUGGGGAAGCUGCAGCGACAACUGCACAAGGGAGAAUACGACAUAUUCAAGUAUGCGCCUAUUUUUGAAAGCGACUUUAUCCAGAUUACCAAGAGGGGAGAAGUCAUCGACGUGCACAACCGGGUGAGAAUGGUGACGGUGGGCAUCGCAUCCACCAGCCCGAUCCUGCCGCUCCCGGACGUCAUGCUGCUGGCCCGGCCGGCGGCGGGCUGCGAGGAGCACGGGCGCGGCCAGGCCGCCAAGGGCAAAGGCCGCAAGGCUGCAAAGGCCUUGGAGCUCACCAGGCUCCUUCCCCUGAAGUUCGUGAGGAUCUCCAUUCACGACCGUGAGAAACAGCAGCUGCGCCUCAAGUUCGCCACGGGCCGCUCGUGCUACCUGCAGCUGAGCCCGCCUCUGCACGGGCGGGAAGACCUCUUCGCCCACUGGGAAAAGCUCAUCUACCUCCUGCGGCCACCGGUGGACAGUAACAGCAGCACCUACGCCAUCCCGGCGGGGGACAUGCUGUGCAUGCCCGAGUUUGAGGAAGAGGACGGGAGGAGCGCGGCAGGGGCCGAUUUCCAAGGGAAAGGGGAUCAGGACCAGGUCAGCAUCCGGAGCCUCCACGUGGUCUCCGAGGUGGCCGGGGCCACCUCUGCCGCUUUUGCUGGCGGGGAGGGGCCCCCUCGGGACGCCCACAAACCCUCCCGGAGCACGCACGCUGCAGAGCUCGCCCUGGGGUCGGCGGCAGGUGCAACGGCGGCGGCGGCGGCGGCGGGGACAGCGGCGGGGUUCGCGGCGGCGAUCGCGGCCGGCACCGCGGCAGGUGCACUGGGCGUGGCCAUCACCAAGCCUGGGGGCGCCCCCAGCGCGUCCCCCAAGAGCGCGGCAGCGGCCGUGGCAGGUGCCGCCAAGACCCCGGGGUUUCCUUCGGACUCGUCCACCAGCCUCUCCCCGGAGCCCAGCAAGGCCCUGGCGUUCGCCGGGGCGGCGGGAGAGGCGGCGCAGGACGCGGCGGCGGCCCGGCUCACCCAGGCGCGCAGGGCGGGCGGCGCGGCGGAGCCGGCGGGGAGGGGCCGCGGGCGCCGCAGGGAGCGGAGGGAGCGCCGCGAGAAGGAGCGGGCCCGCCGCGGGUCGCGCCGCCGCAGGCCCGCCGACAGCCGCCACAAGGCCUCGGGGGACAAGGGCCCCCGGAAAGCCUCCAGCCGGGCCUCCGCCGGCCGCAGGGCCGCGCGCGAGGACCAGGAGCGGGGCCGCCGCAGCCCCGGGGACGCCCGGCGCGCGCAGCCCUCGGGCGGCCACGCCCCCGCGGCCACGGAGUCCCGGACCUCGCACAGGUCGGGGCGCAGCGCGUCCACCGCCAGCUCGGGCUCCGCCCGCAAGAGGCUCAGCAGGAUCGGCGUGUUCCUGAGGAACGUCAGGGCCAACCUCGCGACGCGCACCGUGGCCUCCGCGCGCCGCCGAGGCGUGGACGCGCUGGCCAAGACCGCGGAGGGGGGCGGCAUGGAGGCCAUCCUCGAGGCCGCGGAGAGCGGCCAGCUGGCGGGCGCGGGGAGCGGGACACACGGCAUCCUGGAGACAGUGACCUUCGGAGCCCAUUCGUAGGACCCAGAGCUUUCGGCAGCUGCACAGGGCAGCGGGGCUCGGGGGAAUACCCCCACCCCGGAGACCCCAUUCCAGCUUUCCUCCCUGCAGUUGAAAUUAAAAAAAAAAAAAAAUUAAAAAAAA